ACGAAAUGAAAAUACAUCUUAAAUAAAUGUGAAGACAUUUGAAUAGUGAAAUAUAGUAUUUAUUCUGUGGUAUACCUCUACGCAUAUUUGAUUUAGUUUGAAUAUUUUCAUUAAAAUGAGCAAAAAAGCAACGACUUCAAAGAGUCAGAGCUCUAAAUCGAGUAAUAAGACAACAAAACUGAAGCCAAUCGAUGAAACACAACUGAAAACUGCAUUUGAAAUGUUUGACACCAAUCAUGACGGGAGAGUGAAUGAAGAAGAGAUGAAAUCUAUGCUCAAUAGACUCGGCAUCUCUGUUGGUGACCAUAUCGUUAAACAACUGCUCAGUGAGGCCUCCAAAAGUGGUGACGGGUUGAUCACUGAAUCAGAUUUUAUGAAUUGGUUAUCAAAAAUCAAGACACAUAAAGACACUGAUGUCGAAGAGGACCUACAUGCCGCCUUUGCCGUGUUUGAUAUCGAUAAAAACGGAUUUAUAACGAAAGAUGAAUUGAAGUCUGCGAUGCAAUUAAUGGGUGAAACCAUUACUGACAGAGAUUUGGACCAAUUAUUGAGUGCCACAGACAUCGACAAAGAUGGCAAGAUCAAUUACGAAGAAUUCAUCAAAAUCUUGCUCUGAAUGCUUUCACUGCAAACAUCAG